AUGAAUGGCUACGGAUCGCCCUACCUGUACAUGGGGGGCCCAGUGACCCAGGCCCGAGCGCCGCUCCAGAGGACCCCCAAGUGCGCGCGGUGCCGGAACCACGGCGUCCUGUCCUGGCUAAAGGGCCACAAGCGAUACUGCCGCUUCAAGGACUGCACCUGUGAGAAAUGCAUCCUGAUCAUCGAGAGGCAGCGGGUCAUGGCGGCGCAGGUGGCGCUCCGCAGACAGCAGGCCAACGAGAGUCUGGAGAGCCUGAUCCCGGAGUCUCUGAGAGCUCUGCCCGGAAUCACGGUGCCUGGACCCGGCGAGGGGAACCAGGGCCUGCAGCCCCGUUCUGGAGGAAUGGACCUCCUAUGGACCUCGAAACAGACUGCCAACAUGCAGGAAGGGGCCUGCAUCUUCUGCAUCUUCAGUCAUAUUAAAUUAGAUUACAAGAAAAAACUACGGGAUGUAGGGGUCAUGCCUGACUAA